GCACUUUCUCCAGUAUUCCAUUGCCACUACGGCAGGGGUUUUAUUAAGAAGGAGCGCAUUGAGCAGUGUAUAGUUACGAUAAAUCAAGACAGAAUAAUAUUUAGCUGUAGUCCUACGAAAUGUCGUACAUUUAAAAUACGGUCUUUGGCAUCUUUCUUGGAGGUUUUCUAAAAGCUUGAGGGUCUUUGAUGCGUCGAGAACAAAAACAACGAAACAUCGAUUUUUAUGUAGCUAUCUUGCGAAUGAUUUAUUUUCCUGGGUAUACAAUUUAGACAUUCUUAUUAGUGAGAAUAAAACUAUUGGUAUUAUAGAAACAUGAAACCAAUGAGCACACUUGAACGAGUCUGUUAAUAAGCCCUGUUGAAAAUGAACGCGCAAUAUUAGGGUGAAUUAAUCGAAAUCGAAAAAACGGAAAAUACUGCUUUCGAAAUUGGAAUGAAAACGAACCAAUUCUUCAAGGAGCAAAGCAUCUUAUCGAUAUCGUGCAAUUUGCAACGUAUACCAAUAGUAUAUCCUAUUUAACUUGUAAUUAUCUCUGAUUUUAAAUUAAAUUUUAAGCUUUAACAGUGCAAGAUCAGGGAGCAUAACAGCUGCGGACAUCACUGAUUAAAGCCUGUUUUGUUUGACAUAAUCAUUUACAUAAGCGGAAGCUACAUGCGAAAAAACUAUAUUAUUUCCUAAUUAUUGGAAAAGCUAUUGCGACUGUGGUCGCCGCCAGUAAAGGAACUAUUUUCUCCAUCAGAAUACAACGAGCGACACGCAGGGAGAAUGAAGUGUUGAUUGACAUGGUAAAAAUACUGAAGAAAAGCAAGGAGCAAAGAUCAAAGAACAUCUACCACGAAAACUGAAAAAAACUAUCACUGGAGUCACAGUGAGCAAACUGCCUUUAAUAAUUUUUGAAGAAGAUUUUACAUCAUUCAAACUUUCUUGAUUUCGCCAUAAGUGUUUUUUUUUUAAGGAGCACGUGUCAAAUUGGGUGCCGAAGACAACAAACGCAAGUGUUCUUCUUAAGAAUUCUUCAUCGCUGCCACCUUGCACCAACUGUCUGUGAAGUGAUGGGGCACUCUGUCUCACUAUAUAUUUCUACAUCUUUAAUGAACAUUUGAAUCCAAGAAAGUGCAUCAGUAGGCAGAGAAAGUAAGGUUGAAAAUCACAAAUUCUGGAUAAGAUUGCCUCCCCUUUCCUAUAUUUUUGUUAAACAUUUACUACCCGAGUGAAUAUUUAUCUGAAUCGAACAAAGUUGGAGGAUUAGUGCAUUUUUAAUGUGAAUUUUUUAAGCACAUAUACGAUUGCCUGUAUUUAUAUUUCAUGUGUUAUUUUGCCUUUCAUAAGCAUUGAUUAGUUUCAGGAAAUAUACCAGCUGAGUUUUCCUGAUUCUUAUUAUUCUUAUUAAUCAGGGGAUUACUUCACAUUGACUUAGUUUUGAUUCAAGCAAACUACUAUUGUAUUUACAUGCAUAUCUCUUUUUAUCUGUCUUGUAAAAUUCCUUAACACACAGUGUCGCUUCACAGAUCCGAAUUAUAACACACAUUUCAUCAUCCCCUCAUUCUUCAUUUCGUCAUCUCAUUCUUCCCCAUCUCCGGUGUAUUUUUCAUUCCAAUGCAGUAGUAAAAAAUGGGACUGAUUGUGUUGGAUGUUCAAGAAUUCUUAGAACCAGAGAUCCCUGAUAUUAUCUUGCAAAGUCUGCACCACCUUUGAAAAAACAAAGGGAUUUUACAUGUAUAAACCUGUGCUCCCCUAAUCUACAUGUAAAUUCAUUUACAAUUUUACAUUUAUUUGUAACUUAGUGCAUUUGUACAAUUGAUACCAUAAAUAACAAUUUAUCAUUGUUAUUAUUACCAGUGCUAUUUCAGAUGUUGUAUUCAUCAAAGCAGUGUUCUUGAGAGUAACAGUAACAACAACACUACUGUCUGAUAUAUUAUUUAAAAUGGCAUACAAUGACAAUACAUUUUGGUAGAUGCACCUGUGUAUGUGUAAAUCAGUGGAGUUCAAAUUUUGUUAUACAUUUGAUUUCCCAUCUCAGUCAGAGCAGUCACCCUUAAGCUAUGGAGUUGACUUCACUGCAUAGUACCUAAUAUAUUAAUAUAUUAAGAUAUUGUAAUGAGCAGAGUGAACUGCAGUAAGGCCCUGGAAGUACGGUAUACUUUUUCCUGGGAGGUCUUUUAGUGACGAAUGUGUCCAGAUCUUUUCAUGUCUGUUCUGUGGGCAGGGGACCGUUUUCCUGCUAGAAGCGGAACUAGGCCCACAUUUGUUCUGUUCUGUUGGGUUGAGUUGAACCCAGAGCAGAGAUACCACCGGGGAGGGCCCAAACACACAUAGACCACUCAGCCAUUUCCUCUUCUAGAAAAGCCUCUUCUAACAUUUUCUUUCUACUUUCACCCUUUCCCUCAGUUCUUGUCCCUUUGUCUUUCCAUCCCCCCUUCAUCUCUGUAACUGGACAAUUUUUCAAACCUACCUCUCUCUUAUCACUUGCUUGUCAAGUAGAAAUUGUCUUUCCAGUGGGUCACAAACUAACAUGCUGCUUUUUAUAAUAUAUUCUUCUGGUGAAUGUGUCCCCUCAGUACCCAUUUGUAUUCCUUACUCAUAUGAAAUAAUCUGUUUAAGGUAUUGCUCUCCCUAGCUCCAUUCUCACUUAACUCAUUAUAUAGCACAUACACGUUGUAUUGUGGUACAUUUAUCAACAUAUGAAAAGUAAAUUCCAAGCAAUCGUACACUAAACAGGCAUACAGGAGGGAAAGGUUUGAAAUAGACAACCACAAAAAUAUGGAUUUGAAACUGGCAAUACAAUUUUAACUCUGCAGUAAUAUUGACAGCAUUACAUGAGCAAAAAUAAUUGUAAUGAAGUAAACUUUCAAAUUAAGUACUGCACAGUAACACUUAAAAAAUAACACUGCCAAAUUUAGCCCUCUAAGAUUUGUUUACAGUGAUAAAAACUUCUACAACUGCCAACAAAUUGUUUACAAUGCUUAUGAAAGAGCUAAAUAAUAUAUAAAUAUCUAUACAUUAUUUUCUUUUUUUCCAGGAAGAUUUACAGUUCAAAUAUUCAAUUUUCAAGUGCCACUUUUACUAGUGCCAAAUAAUUAAGACAUUGUGGUAGUUAUCACAGAUAGAAAAAGAAAGUUUACAUAUUGAAAAGAGGUUUACAGAUGACACUUGACCUUAAAAGUAUAUUUAUCAUUUUAUUACAUACUAUUUGUUUGUGCCAUAACACAGAGAAAUUUUAGAACAAGCUCUCUCUUACAGAGAGAGAGUGAUUUACAGUAGGGAGUAAAGGCAUUUGGAAUUCCUCUCUGUAGAGAUUGUUUACAAGGUCAGUACUGCUUGCUACAAAAAUAACCUACUCAAUGACAGUGGUGGGUUUUAAAGAAGUUUACAAUUUUUGAUUCUAUUAUAGUGUGAUCUUUCCAUUGCUUUAACUUUCUUUGCUAAGAAAUAUUUUUCUCUUGAAUAUUAUCUCAAAUUGUUAAAUUCAGCUUCUACAUUAUGUAUCAUUGUUGACUAAUUUAUCUUUUGUCAAACCAUAGAUUAGUGUGUAAGAAUAAAAAGGAUUUAUCAUUACUUAGUACCUAUUUAAAAUUACACAACCGUAAACCUCAUAAACCAGCCAGUUUAUGAAGCUAAAGCUAGCUAUACUGAUAACAGUUUGGUAAUGGAGUAAUAUCAGAGUUUACACAAGUUACUUACAGUGCCAUUUUUACACUGAGUCCUUACUAUUGAACUACAGAAACGUUUACACUAGAACAACAGAUAGGUUUCCCCUUAGCCUCUAUAAACAUUCUUUUUUUCAGACAGGCUAAACAAACUACAGUAUGUGCACCAGGCAUUCAAUGUUGAAUCAUUCAGUCGGUACGAGAGAUCUGUUUUCUUUGUGACAGAACGCAACACACAUCACUGAAUAUAAAUAUAGGAGAUAUCACCUUAUUGGAAUGGAGACAUCAGCAAAGUUUUUUACACUUUGUUGAGCUUACUUAUAGAUCUCUAAAAAAAGGAGGACUGAAUAUUCAAGUCUUUUUUAAAAAAAACAAAAUUUGACUGUGUUUGGAGAAUGGAAGUUACAUGUUUCUAAUAUAUGUGCCAUGGAACAGACUUGGUUGGACUAAAACUGAACUGGGCAAAGAGAUUUUAAGAUAAAAAAAAGUAAUUUUUUCCCCUUGUUUUGGAAAACGACCACUGUGGUCUGUUUGAAUCUUGAGAAUCUCUACCAGCAAAGAACUGAAUCGACAUCUGGGCCAAGAGGAGUGGUUAAAAAGAAAGAAAGAAAGAACAUAAGCUGAGAUAUACGCAUCCUUUUUGUGAACAGUUUACAACAACUUCAAAUUGGGAAGUUUACUGUACGUUUAAUUGUGAUUUUCAAAUAUUUUGUAGGGAUUCUUCACAGAGAGCGAAGGAAUAAAUCAGAUUCUAUAGGAACGGGAAAAGGAGUUAUAUUUUUAUACCUGUUUUUACUAUUUUUUCUUUAAGUCCAGCUGACAUUUUUUUAAAAGUUCAGUAUCAUUACUACAUUCAGUAUUUCAGCAUUGAGCUUUAUUACACCAAGAAUUACCCCGGGCAUCACGUUUUGUUCAGAUUAUUAUUAUUAGCGCUUUUAGAAAUAUAUAUAUUAUCACCGCCCAUGGUUCACACUGGCAACCUUUGAUAGCAGUGAAGUGCUGGUGCUUGCUCUCUGCCAGCAGGUCCUGUUAAGAACAAUGCCUGUUGCCCAGGCAACAGCCUUAUGGUCUUGAAUUCAAUAACUGUUUUAGAGCUAGCACAUUAUCAGUUUUCAUUUAUUUAAAUCUUACCAUUGUCUUCAUUUUCUCUAUAAAGACAGAGGUAGAAUUCUUCCAUGCUGUUAUUUUUGAAGAUGGUGGCUCUGUAAAUCUUUGUCCCUAAAAUAUUGUGAAUACCAUUGAAUCCAAGAGCAGAUAGCUACAGUGUUGCACUGCAUUGACUCGGGGUCACUUAAAGCAGACAUCUUUUUUGAAAGAAACAAAACAAAAUGACAUCCACUACAUAUCACAGAGUUCACCCCAUAUCCCUCUUUCUUUUCUUAAUUUUUGGCCCUGUUAUUGCCAUUGCAACGAGCUCUACUGAGCGUCCAGCAACUAGCCGUACACCUGGGAGCCCCUCUUUGCUCCUGUUGGCCAUUCAUGGCAACAAGCGAACAGCGGCAUCCUUGGGAAGAUCGAAACCGCUAGUUCAAGUGGCUGAGACUCCUCCGAAGCCCUUGCCGCAAAUCAUGCUUCCGAGGAAUAUGACCGCGGAGGCCCUGAAACCCCCUCUGGGUGCUGCCUUAGCACCGCCUCCGAAACGACUCGUGGACAUGGAUGUCUGCAGAGGCUACUACGACGUCAUGGGACAGUACGACUUCACCUUCAACUGCUCGAAAGACACCUUCAUAUACUGUUGUGGGACCUGCCACUACCGGUUUUGCUGCCAACACCGCAGCAACCGCUUGGACCAGAACUCUUGCAACAACUACGACUCCCCGGUGUGGGCCAACACCCCGCCACCCGCCACCAUUCCGCUGGAUCACCGUCCUGAUCCGGGCUUCGACCCUCUCCGGCAGCAGAGUAACAACACCGUUUAUGUCAUUGGGGGGGUGAUAUCCUUCACCCUAGCAGUGGCAGUUGGCAUUAAGGUGGCUUUCCACAAGGCUUCACGUCGGCCCAGACACAGGGACAUCAACGUGCCAAGAGCUCUGGUUGAUAUAUUACGCCACCAAUCAAGCCCAGUCCAGCAAGGGGAACGGAACAACAGCGUUGCUCUGGGCUCUGGGGUGAAUGAAGGAACCCUUGGUCGAGCCCCAAAAAAUCUUUACACUCCCGGAGUGCAGAGCAAAGACAACCGCAUGGGGAAUUUGCACCACAAUUUUAUCCAUCUGUCUGGUUCCAGCCCCAAACACACUGCUACCAUCGAGCGUGUGCCUCGCAUGAAUAACGCCCAGCUGGCCUCUUCAGGGACUCUCCUCUCCAGCAAACACAAUAACACCUCUGCCGCUCAUCCGUCCUUCCAUCAUUCCCUACACAACCUGGCCCAGCUGCCUCCUUCAUAUGAGACUGCCAUGAAACCUGAGAUCAACAGAUACUGCUCUCUGAAGAGGCUUGAAAAAGAUCUGGAUGAGUACUCUGGCUACUACACCUCCAAACGGCGGCCCAACAAUGCUCCUCCUUCAUUUCAUUCUUCUCAGCACCACCUCCACUGGGGUGGGGACUACACCCUUGGUGCCAGGGGUACCCUCCCUCUGCACGCUUCUCGCCCAAGAAUACACGUACCCUCUGGCCCCCCUGCAACCCCAAACCCAUAUCCCUUACAACCCCCUCAGCCGCAAUACAACCCCAAUUAUGACACACUGUCCAAACCUCCAAGAAGAGUGAUGUCGCAAGACCAGUUGCUGACAGUGGGUGAGGGCAACACUUUAUCCAGGCUAUCCAAGAACCAACAACACCAAUAUUACAAAGCUAUGGCAGCAGCAACUAAGAGCGCCAACUCCCAAACCCUUCGGAAGUCACAAGAAAGGCUCCUUAUGUCACCUGACCGAUUGGCUGAAAGGGAUAGUAUGGGGGUAGGCAUGGGCGAUUUUGGAGGGAUGACCCCAACCUUACCCCGGCUUACCCAUCAUCAAAAAGCACAGUCUCAGCAAAAUGUGUGUGCCACCCCCUCACUGGAUCGACACCAUAUGAUAAAGAUGAAUUCCCACCCUACCUCGGGUAGGGAGCAGGAGAGGAACGUGGCCAUGUCAGGGCAUGGGGGUGGAGUUGUGGGCUGGGCAGAGAUGCCAGGGGGAGGGACUGGGACGCUAGGCCAUAAUGCCAGGAGGUUAGCUUUUGCAGCCAAGAGGCAGAACACCAUCGAACAGUUACAUUUCAUCCCUGGUGGUGGUGGUGGAGGAGGAGGGAGUGGUGGAGGGGGUGGGAGUCAAGGGCUGAGGACAGGGAGUAAAAAUGAAGUGACAGUGUGAAGAAAGGGAGAUAGAGAAGAGAGGGUUCGGGUGUUCAAGUAGAAGAGGGGUAGUGAUAGAGAGACAGAGGAGAAGCUGACAGAAAUGGAUGGCUGAAGAGGGUGAUAGACAGAAAAAGAAAGAUGGAAGUAUGGGUAACAGUGACAGGGACAUGAGCAGAUACUAAUUUGGUGAAAGAAUCUAUUUGAAUCAGAGGAUAUAUUCAGAGAAUGAGAAUAUUAUCCUGCUAUUUUUAUAUUUGCAAAAUGUCAGCCAUAUUUCUUAUCAAUUUUGCUUUACAUUAUGGUGCCAAGAGAAAUGAGAGAAAGAGUGACAGCAGGAAAAGAUAAGAGGGAAGAGGGAAACCACAAGACUGAAAAUGUAACCAAAUGCAGAGAACGACGUUGUGUUACUUUGUGUUUUUGUAAAUGUCUUGGAAUUUAAAAAACAAACUAUUGAGCCAUAUUUGUGGGGAGAGUGGCCAUCAAAAAAGAACAUAAAGAUGGAGAGAAGCCAGAGUGGAAGGAUAAAGAAACUAGAAGGACAAGAAGCUACUGAAAGAUGUUUGCUAUGAUAAAAAAAAAGAUUGGAAGAAAAUAGAAAUUAACUUACAUCAGAGGAUCAAGGUUAAAAAAAAAAAAAAAAAAAAAACAAUUUUUAGCAAAAUGAUUGGAUUUGAAAGUUGACCACUAGACUGAGAAGCAUGUCUCUCAGAGCAUCUAGUCAUACAAUGGAACAAAGAUAUUCUUGGUCCACUCAUUUUUUUUACCAUACUUAAUUGGAUGUGAUUUAGCUGACACCAAUAAAGAAUGGGACUGGACUCAUGGAGUCUGUAUUCAUGUGAUCAUCUUACGUAUGGAAACAUCUGAUAAUGAAUCAGUACUCUCUGAUGAUCUUGUUGGACAGGACAACGUGUUUUGAUGUGGUCAACAUUAUACUGGUUUAUGUAAUGCACUGAUUGGACAACUGAAUAAUCAAGCAUUCAAGGGAAUGUGAUAAAGCGAAUGCUUCAAUGUAAGCUUUCUACAUGGAUAACAGCAGCUACGAACUAAAUUAGCAGGCAUAGUAUACUAACUGGACAAUGGAGACUUGCCUGCAUUGCCCGAUGAUGUGAUUGAAUUGAGUUAGCAUCCUAUGAUAGGGCAUCCAUGCUGAUGAUGUUUUCCAUGAUGUUCGGCUAGAAGUGAUAACUGACAAUGCAGAUGGAAAGUUUGUGCAUUUAAAUCGGACUUGAAUAAUCCUCAUGCUUAAUAUGUGUGCAUUGACAAGCGAAAUACAUUUUCAGCACACUGUAUGGAUGAUGCAGUGUCAGCCAUUAUUUAAAGAAAUUCAACAGUCAGCUUGGUUUGAGGAACAGAGCUACCUGGGUCGGACAAUACAACUGUUAACUGAAACGGGGAUGAUCUGACUGGAGAAGUCACACAGAAAACUGAACAACAUGCCUGACAAUCAGCAUUUUCCAGGGAAACUGAUUCAACAAAAUCAUUUGACAUUAGGUGAGUGACAGCACAGUGAAUUGUACACUGUCAGCCAGUUCUGUGCAGAGAUCUGGCUUCUAACAAGAUGGUGCUGCACAAUGUCAUCUGUGGAAUGGUAAUCAGUAGUCAUUUCUUUCAUGGGAUCAGACUAGGUAAUGAGCGAGAAAGCCGAGUUGUCCAUCAUUAAAAGAAAACUCUGCUCUUUAGGUAAUUCACUUCACCAUGACUUUGCUGGGGUCUUAUGAACGUUUAGUAACAUUAAGGGCUAUUCUGAAAAAACUUGUAUGUGUGUCUAGUCUGUAUUCUAUCAGAAGCUUACAUUUAUUUUUGUGUUAAUACAAACACUAAUGUGAAUACUAAUGUCCAUACCUGGAGUUUAUAAAUGUAAAAACAUAAAAAUUAAAUAAUUCUGCACAGGCAUACCAUUAUGGUAUACCAAGGUAAACCUCUGGUAUUGCACACAGAAACCCGAUAAUAUUCACAAAACAGAGACAGGCAUACUUCAUGUCUUGUAAAUUUAUAUUCUGCAAAAAUAUGAAUACAUGUUUACUACAGAAUGAAAGAGGGGACAGAGAUUGUCGCAUGUAAGGAGAAUCAUGUGAAAAUGAAUUUAUUUACAUUUUUUACAGAAAUGUGAUGACCAUGUUUGACAAACUAGAAAGGGUUUGGAAAACUAACCACGUUUGCCAGCUGGAGAGAGGUGGCACUUUACAUCUUUGCAAGCAUAUGACUAAAUGCAAUGGCUAUCUCUUACUUGUGAGUUGCUCAGUGGGUUCCUGUGGCUUGAGUAUUCUCUCACUGCCUUCACCCCUUGGCUGAGGUUGGAGACGAAUAGGCUAUAAAUGGACUAUUCAGACAGACAAUCUUCCUAUACACUCUAUAUGUCUGUGUUUGUUAUGGUCAUGAUUAUAAUGAUUAUUAUUACUGAUUAUUGUCGUUGGUUAUUAUCAUUAUUCUUGAUUAUCCUACUUAUUAUUAUUAUUAUGAUUAUGAUUAUUAUUUAUUUAUUUUGUUUUUUUUCUGUGGUUUCUCAAUGUUUCCUGGUUUUUAAAUAUUUGACUUUUGGAUGAAUUUUUAUCUAGUAUCCUUGAUGGAAAAUGCAGAUGCAAACACGGGGUGAAAUAUUUUUGAGCAAGCACUCAAUACAUACUACUUUGAUGUCCCAGACACUCUUAUUUGAGUUGAAUGCAUUGAGAAUUGGUUGAAUAAAAAUUUGGGCCUAAGUAAAUGAUAAACAGCUUGAUGAUGUCACGGCCAGUAAUGACGAUGUCACAGUGCCGACUUAUGAUGUCAGGGUGUGCAUGUGUGUACCUGCGUGUGUGCCUGUGUGUAUGCAAUUGUCUAUUGGAAAUUUUGUAAAAGGGGUUGUAGCUAUUUGAAUUAAGAUUUUUAAAAGUCAGAAAAUAUGUUUUCAGGGAAUCCACAGAAAGCAGAAUUAGACAAGAUUGUUUUGUUUUUUAAUCCCAGCAUCACAAAAACUUGUAUGCUAAACACUAGGAUGAGGUUAGGGCUUAAAUGUACUAUUUUAUUACAAAAAGCCUUAUGUAACAAUUAAAUUGAUUUCUUUCAUAAUUCAAGGUGUAUCUGGGCAGAAUGUUACUGGGUCAUUUUAAUUAAUAUUACAAAUGUAUUAAUUAAUAUGGCUUAUAAAAUCUAGAAAGAAAGAUUAACCAGUAAAUAUUCUUUUGAAGUUAUUUUCAAAAGUUUUGUAAGUUCAGGAAUUUAACCAGAAUAAUCUGAGGAAUGUACUGCAUCUUGCCUAAGGUAGUUCAAAUUAUAACAACUGUAAAGGAAUCUAACAAGAAACACAGAGUAAACUUUGCUCAGUUCUGACAUUAACAACUCAUUUUUAACGCUCAUAUAGUUGUUUGGUUUUAAUAAAGGUUGUUAAUUGAAGGGAAAAGAAGAAUGUGUAAGGCACGAAUUUGUCAAUAUUUUCUUUUUUAUUACAUUAUGAAUUUUAGGGAAAUCAUUAGAUAGUGAUUUGUCAUUUGGAUUUAAAUAAAUCCUAGCUAUUUCUGUGUGCCUGUUCAUGGUUGAGAGCUGUCAAAGACAUUUUCUGUGUGUUUGCGUGUGUGUGCGUGUGUGUUGAGGAAUUGAAUUGGGUGGGUGGGGGGAUAAAGGUGUGUGUAUAAUGUGUUGUCUUGUGUUUUAUAGCAUGGGGGUUGGCAGGUUUGUGAAGUGAGGAGUUUAUUUGGGAGAUGUACAGGAAGUGUGAGUAGGCUGAGGGAUUAACUAUAUCUCUGUUUAUUUUGCAUACAUUGGUAAAUUGCAUGGGUAAAAUUAUAUACCCAUCUUAUUAGAUAAAGGAGAAGAAACUUAUAAGUGAAGACUCCCACCUCCCAACUGCACAACCCCUGUUCUUGGUUACAAUGGUGAUAAAAAUCUCACGUUUGUAAGAUAACAUUCAGUUAAUAAAAAACAAAUAAAAAUG